AUGGAUAGCCAGAAACAGUAUACCGACUCUGGACCUAGUUUUAUCCCCUACUACCGCGCACUAGAUAUGCUCAGGGCCCGUGUCCCUUCUAUACGCAGCCCAGACAGCGAAUGGGACUUCUCCCAGGAAGCGCUGCCCAGACGACCCCACCCAGAGGUUUCCGGAGAAUAUGGAGACUCCCCAACACUGCAGCCAUCUGCCCGGUGGAUCUGCGAAUGGGGAUCAGGAGAUACCAAACCAAGGGCACCGCGAACAAUGGGAAGUCUGACGACAGUUGAGAUUCUCAGCCAGAAUAACUUGACAAGAAUAAGAAAAGAUGAUCUCAAGCCAUACGAAAGUUUGCAAGAACUCGACCUUGAACAUAACAAACUGGAGACGUUCUCUCGAUUCCUUGUGAGUCACCUGCAUAUCACUGAACUGAACCUCAAUGAAAAUCCUCUGGUAUGCAGCUGCAACAUGCAAUGGCUGAAACUAAAACAGAGAUCUAAGUUCUUGGACAAUCAACGGAUCAUGUGUAUACAGGAUGGGGCCAUACGCCACGUUUCGGAGAUGGAGAACCCGGAUUGUGAAACACCCCAUGUAUACGCGUCGCCCUCUGAAAUAUCAAUCAACGCCUCGCAGGACGCUGUGUUCGUAUGCAGAGGAAUCGGAAGUCCUAAACCGGAUGUCAGAUGGAAAUUGAAGAAUCUCGUUUCUAACUACACGAUCAGUACGGUCGAGGACACCGCCAAUGAGACGGUGAAGGAAUUGAGGGUGUGGAAUGUCAGCUCCUCUGACCACAACAACCUCCCUCGGUGCAUCGUGGAGAAUGAAGUCGAUAACGUGUCAGCUCAAGUUGAAAUACUUGUCAAUUCUGCUCCACGGUUGGAAAUCACAAAGGUGAACAUGACCAUCAACGAAGCAACAGACCAGAAACUGAAAUAUGCAGUCCACGGCUGGCCCGAGUCUUCUAUUCAGUGGUUGUUUAAUAACAAAGUUCUGAACAGAAAGGGGAUAUUAGGCUCUAACUUCACGAUCUAUCCUGGCCUGACUGUCAUCGUAACAGCAUCUGCUACAGCAAUCAUCCUGGCGUUCACAAUAACGCUCGUCGUUUGUGUACGUCGGCACAGAAGAAAGAUCAAUCGCCAGGCCACAUUCCAUAAUCGGAACAAGGGGGUCAUGGGGCCGAAGGUCACCAAGGGCGGACUACUCCUGGAAGCAGCACCUCUCAAUAGUCUUCAUUUGAUUGAAAACCCUAAUUAUAUGCAGAAAACUGCUUACAGGAAUAAUUCAACACUGAGAACUAUUCGACCAGAAACAAUCUGUUUUUUGCGAGAACUCGGAGAAGGUGCGUUUGGACGCGUUUAUCUUGGAACAUGCACUGGGCUUGUUGAAGAAGGGGAAGUAACUCUCAUCGCAAUCAAGACUCUCAAAGAUGCAACAAGUGAAUCCGUGAUGAAAGACUUUGACAGAGAAGCAGAGCUUCUGGCUAACCUCCAACAUGACAAUAUUGUGACGUUUUAUGGAGUUUCCCAAAACAAUGAGAACUAUAUGAUGAUAUUCGAGUUCAUGUCCAAUGGAGAUUUAAAUAACUAUUUGAGAUCACACGGCCCGGACUCGUCAGUGAUCUGUAAAGGAGCGCAACAAAACAUUGCGCUCACCAUCACACAGCUCCUACACAUCUCCAACCAGAUCGCCACCGGCAUGGACUACCUAGCAUCCCAGCACUUCGUCCACCGCGACAUGGCCACCAGGAACUGUCUGGUGGAUGACAAGCUUAUAGUGAAGAUCGGGGAUUUCGGCAUGUCACGGGAUGUUUACAGCACCGACUACUACAGGGUCGGGGGCACAGCCAUGUUGCCGGUCCGCUGGAUGCCUCCGGAAAGUCUACUGUAUCGAACCUUCACAGUUGAGUCCGAUGUGUGGAGUUUCGGUGUUGUAAUGUGGGAGAUCUUCACAUACGGGAAACAGCCUUACUACGAACUGUCCAAUAUAGAGGUCAUACAAUGCAUUCAGAACGGGCACCUGCUUGACUGCCCCCAGAUAAGUCCAGAUGACGUGUACAAGAUGAUGUUGGGGUGUUGGAAGCGGCAGCCGACGGAGAGGCUGACGAUGAAGGAAAUCCACAAACGCCUGGACAGUCUGUGUCUCAAGGAACCGACCUAUCUCGACUUGAUAGCAUGAGAAACAUGAAGGGAGGGCAGGAUUGGUAAAACUGGCAGUCACAUGCUGGACGAUGGUCCAAGGUGCACAUAGUCUAAUGGAGAACAGCCUUACCUGAUUCCAAUGAACGUGCAUUGAAAAAUGAACCACAUGAAUUUCAAAGACAGUUCAAAUGGAUCUUUCAAGGAUCUGAUUCAGAUGAAUUACAGCCAUGCAUGUUUCAAAUGAAUCCAGCACCAGACGAAGAGUGUACAGAUUGGUUCCAUUUGUGCGUUCAAAGACGUCACACUCGUGUUUUGGAUCAUCCUCGGCACCCAGGGUAUGUUUAUUCGAGGCGGGGGAACACAUGCCUGGGCUUUCAGAAUGCUGAUGUAAAUGUGGUCACAUUGUCAUGAUGAUAUGCAGGAAGUGUCAGCUGAGCAGUGUCGGUUUAGCAGUGUCAUCUGAACAGUGUCGGCGCAGACG